CUUUCCUUCUUUCGUAGAUUUUUGAGUACAUAUGUGUGAAUACAACUUCUCAAUAUCAUCUGAACACUUCCUUUCCUUUUUUCUUGUCUAUCUAUUUAGCUUUUUGUAAUUCUGCAAUCCUGUAAGUACCUGCUAUUUGUUUCAAGUAAAAGAAUGUAAUUUUCCAGGAAACUGUAAUCUUGCGGUUUCUUGCUCUUUUUGCAUAAAGUGUGAAGAUAAAAAGCUGCGGUUGUCUUCUGUAAUCAUGAAAAGCAGAACGAUCUGGAGUUCAGACAAACUGGAUUUUUUAAAGGAGAUUUCUUCCUCAGCCUUCUUGAAAGAUCCUGUUUGUAGCACAGUGUCAAAACAUUUUUUUUUAAGUCCAUUGAAAGGGAUGUCAACAGUGACUCAAGGUAGAAACAAGAAAAAUGGAGGUGAGCACCGGAAACCGGCAUUACUGCUGAAGGAAAUAUGCAAAUGCAUCCUCUAUCUCAUCUCAUCUCUCUCUUUCUCUCCCUGUUUUUCUUGCUUACUCUCUCUCUGAUCUGCUCCCCCUCAUCUUGCCCAAAAGUUAGAGGUAUCCCCUUGCUUUGACAGGUGGAGGACCGUGCCUCUUUGGAGGUUUCUUCUGCCCUUUGAUGCCUUUUUGCAGUGCUAGUUAGUUUGAGUGGAGUAUGCCAUAGAAAUGAGGCAUUGUACCAAAAUACUGGAUGUGGGAGUUAAUUCUAAGGUUGCAGCAAGGAAAGCUCUGCGUGUCUAAAGCCUUUAUGUUUUAGACAGACAAUAGCAUGGUUAUUUAUGUCGACUACCAAGGGGACUGUGACCCCUCAGACUAGCAGGAACUCUCCAACUCUGUGAGUGAAGAGCAUUCUUGUGACUUCUCACUUGAUGGGAAAAGGCAAUGUCUUGACUGACUUCCUGAGCAGAUACAACGGUGGGACGCAUGAAUGAUAUCUCUAGUCACUGUUCCAAGCUGAGUUGGAAGCCCAAACUGUAACGCUUCACUGCCAGAAAAAAUGCCAGUGUUUCAAAACUACUUGACAGUAAACAGAACACAAUACUGAUGUCAUCUGGACUGGGACUGGGAAAUAAUCUCACGUCCAUGUUCUCAAUGCAUUUAUCGAUGUAGAAAGUCAAUGGGACAGAGCUAGAACGCUCUUGGUGACGGAGUUGGCAGCUUUGCCUUUUAAUCAUUCUGGAUCUGAUGUCAAGACCAUGAAACCUACUUCCAGUUCAUUUGGUCUCUUCUUUACUAGUGAGGGAAGCUCUGUUUUGAUCAUGUAUGUCUCAAUAUGCCAUGAUGCUUCUGCAGUGCUUUGGGCAUUAGAUUAUUAUUCUGAAAGUCCAAGAGUUCUUUGGGGAAGAUGCCUGCAUUUGGGCAAACUCACUUGAAGUGGGAAAGAUUCUCUGUCUUGCAAUGGACUUGAAAAAUCUUGGCAUUUGAAGGAGUUACAACUAACUUUUGGUUUGACAAGGUUCUGUCUGUUUGCUGUUUUGAGUUCCUAUCUUCACCUGCAAAAAAUUUGUAUUUACUCUGCAGUUUUCUCUGGUGCUGUUUCUGUGCAUUCCUCCUUGUUUUUGAAGCCUUUUCCUUCAUAGACUUAGGCUUCUGUUCUCAUAAAUGUAUGUACGUUGAUAGCAUUUGAGUUUGGGUUUUUUUCAUCUCUUUGAAGAUGACCACCUUUGUAGUCUAUAUCUGCCUAAAGAAUGAGCGGGCAGGUGAGAUGCAAGCAUUUGAGUUGAUCACCCUACAUCUUAUUCCACAAAGUAAAUGUGUUCUGCAUCUUAAUUUCUUUUUUGUAUGUAUGUGUCUGAAGUAAGUUCUGCUUCCAUCUUGCCAUGCAACUAAUCUGCCUGUAUUUUCCUGAAGCUUUCCUGAAAUUCAUGCUUCAUAGCACUAAGGAGGGGUAUUAAUAGUAACAGGGAGAUGGGAAAGCAAAAAAUAUGGCUUCUUUGUGAAAUCUGGAGAUAAUGUUUUUCUUUUUUAGAAUGAAAGGCCCUGUAAGUAGAAGAGGAGGAUAAUGUAAGGUGUUUUCUUGGGUCUUUUAACUUAUUUUUAUCUGAAAAGGAUGCCAUUUCUUGCUACUCUGUGAUGUAAAAGUUGGACAUUAUUUUCAGAUAGUCUGUGGUAUUCUGAAAUGCUAACCCCAAAUGUACACUGAGUAGAUCAGUAUGAUUUUUGCCAGUGAAGCUCCUGAAGGUUAGAUCUGGCAUUUUUCAGUAGUUAAUCUGCUUCUAAGGUGUAGCAGUGCUGGGUAUACAAUUCACUGAUGCACAUUAAUUAAAAUAUCUAUGCUGUGUUCACUUAUGCUAUCUUUCGUUUUUCUUUUUCUUUUAUCUUUUCUUUGUUAAGCAUUGCAGGCUGUAUGUACCGAGUAGUUCAGACGACGGGACCAGAUGGAAAAAACCUUCUGAAAUUACUUCCAAUUUCUAAAUCUUCUGGAAGCUUUGUGCCAAUAGUUCAGUCUUCAGCCAUGCCAAAUAAUUCUAAAGCGAAUAUUUCUAGUCCAGUCCAUCUUACUUUUAAGACACAGCUUGCCAAUACUACUGCACCUUCAUCUGUUAAGAUACCUGUUUUUCAGUCUCCUAAUCCUGGAAAGAUUAUUCUUACAAGGACAUUAGACAAUCAGGAAAGUGUUAGGGCAGGUUCUGAAAGAGAAAGCUUAAUUCCAAAAUCAGCUGCUAACAUCCAGAGCAGUUGUGUUUCAGUUGAUAGACUGUCUUUGCAGAACAUUGCUGUAACAAGUUCAUCUAACCAGAGUAACACUGCAUACAUGUUGGUAAACACAAAAAGUCUUCCAGUUACUGUGAAGUCUCCAGUACUGCCCUCUGGCCACCACCUCCAGAUACCAGCUGAUGCAGAAGUGAAAUCUGUCCCAGCUUCUUUUUUACCACCUGCAAUACAGCAAAAAAUACUUGCAGCUGCAGCAACAAAUGUGUCUGGAGGAGCUGACAGUACAAAAAUGCCAACUGUUAUAUAUGUGUCACCAGUGAACACAGUGAAAACAGUACUUCCCAAGCGUUUGCAAGCCAUUUGCCCAAAACCUGCCACAGAAGUUUCAAAAACAUUAAUAAUGACAGCUACACAAAAGGGAAAUAGUUCUUCUCCUGAGACAGUAACAUCUGAUGGUCAGCAGUGUCAGCAAACGCCAAUGAAAUGGAUUGUGCAAGAAAGUCCACAGUCAUCAGCGCCUUGCCUUAUUCCUGUAAAGUCAUCUAAUAAUAUGGCUUCCAAGAUCUUGAAAACUUUGUCAGACAUGAAGAAUGUAGAAGCUAACUCUGCAAAUAUUUUACCACUCUGUUCUAGUGGUCCUGGUGGAAGCCAAACAAAAAUCACACCUAUUAAAGAUAAUGCUCUGGUCAUGUACAAUGGGAAAGUCUAUUUGUUGACCAAAAGAGGCUCUGAUGUUCUGUCAGCCCAAGCUGACAAACAAGCAUCUUCUUCUUCUGAUGCUUCACUUAAAAAGCAGACAUCCAAGCUAAUUGAUUCUACUGCAGUCAAUAAAAUAACCAAUAAAGUAGUGAACCUUGUAUUGUCAAAAAGCAAAGGAAUGGUGCUGUCUCAGAAAGAUCCAAAACCAUGUACAAACUCAAAAAUUUCUUCACCAGCUGGCUUAAGAAAUGAUUUAAAAUCUGCACCUGCAGCUCUGGUGACACCAAGUGCUAAUCAGCAGGAUUCCACUGUAAACCAGAGAAAGAGUUUGCCCUUCACCGAGAGCAUUUCAAGUGGAGUGACCCCUAUUACAGCAGUAGGGACACAGGAAAAUGUAUGCCAAAAUGGCAAAGAAAAGAUUGAUUCCCCCAAAGCAGCAAGUGCUGUUUUACCUCAGUCUAAGCAAGAGUGUGCUUUCAGUGAAGACUGGCAAAAGAUCCAGUGUGAAAAGAUGGAUUCACCAGGAAAGGUUAUUAAAAUCAAACACCAAGAGAAGCCACAUUGGAAACAAUACUUGGAAUUAAGGAAAAAAUUUGGUCUCUCUAAGGAGGAGAGAGUGUACCUUAAAAGAAUACCAUUAAGGACCCCCUAUGAGAAACCAGAAGAAAGGUUUUUUUCCAGUAACAGCUUGAAAAGGAAAAAUGACUCUUGCAGUUCUUCAUCGUUAGAUGUGGAAAUAACAAAUCAACGUCAGGAAUGUGUUAAAGAAGAAAAGAUAAUUGUGGAUUUGGAAGAGGAUUUGACUAAGAAAAGAAAAAUAAAAUCCUCACCACUGUCAGACAGUGGAAAGAGAAGGAAAACUUCAGUCAAAUCAACCACAAGUCCAAGUUCAGAAAAUACCACCUCAAGUGUCAGUGUACUUAACAGAAGUGUUUCACCCCCACCAGUCUUACCGCAGCAAGGUAUUUCCACAGACUUUGUUACAUCGUCUCUAGGGAGGGACUCUGAGCAAGACCCAUACUCUCAAUAUACUGACAUUACAGACUUUAGUAUUCCAGUUUUAGUGUCUUGUGAAGGUGAUACUUCAGUUCUUGAAGGUUCUUUCCGAGAUGAUGCUUUCCCUUUGACUCCCCCAGACUUGGAUGAAACAAUACGGGAUGAAAAAAUAAAACGACUUAAACAGCUCUUAAGAGAACGGGAAGCGGCACUUGAAGAGAUGCGUAGAAAAAUGCAGCAAAGCUGAAAUACUGAAGCUGGUGAUCUGGACCAUAUUCAUCUUCAUUUCAGUGACUUCAAGAAGAAAUUCCUUGUUUAAACAAAUGUGAAUAUUUCUGGUAGAUGGAAGAUCUUAAUGAGGUUUACAGUAUGUGUUUAUUUAGAAGAGUAUAGGUUUCUUGUUAAAUACCGGAAAUAAAAGACUUGGACCAUCAAACUCUGCUUCUGGGACAUUAUAUGUAUCAAAGAAUGCAGAUAGGCAUUUUUAUUAGUCUGUUCUUUAUAUUUUGAAUUGAGGGGUUUCUGUUUUAGUCCUAGCAAAUAAACUUUCCCACUUUGGAAUUCCAUGGCCUAGCUCUUAGAAACUGAAUGUAAAUUGCAAACCCCAAUUGUAGAUAUUUUUUUGUUUUCCUAAUGUGCAUGACAACUUUUGUGAAUUCCUGAGAACUGUCAAUUGUCAUAAAAGGUCAAUGGUCAGUGUUUAAUAAAUGCUAUUUAAGUGAUCUUGGAGUUAGACUUUAGGCAGUAAUAAUGCAGAUAUUUAUACAAAACCUCUUACAGAUGUGAAGACGGAAGCAGUAGAAACCCCUGCUGACAGUUAUCUAGUUAUGUGUCUCUUUCUUACUGUUAUUAUUGUAAGCCUUUAUAAGGCCUUUUGCCAGCUGUGCAAUGAAGUUCGGUUGUGAGGUUAUUUUUUGUGGGGGGAGGUGCAUUUUUUUUUUAAACAGAAUUAUGUUGAAUAAUAACUUGUUGAAGCAAAAAAGGCAUAUUUCUUUAUCCAGGAGUGGUAUCUUCAAUAA